AUGGUCCUAUCUCAAGACAUCAAAAAACAAGUUAUUCAACAUUUGAAUGGCCUCAUAGCAGCGUUUGAAAAAUACUUUCCUAAAUGUAGAAAAGAAGACCACUGGAUCACAUUUCCUGUUAGUGAAAAUUAUUUCAAAUCUUCAGUUUUAUCAGUACAAGAAAAAGAAAAACUAAUAGAACUGAAAACCGAUUAUUCACUUGAGGCAGCAUUUGAAAAGAAAUCUAUUAUCGCGUUUUCUGAGCGAUCCUGA